CUCUCCAGCAUGCCUAUGAAGUGUGUAUAUUUGCAUCUUGUUUAUUUAUACACAAAUAUCUAAGUAUACUUUAUCGGUAGUUAUUAGGUUGUGUUCCAAAGGUGCUUUUUGUUAUAGUUGAGGAGUGAUUAAAUCGUAUUUUCUUGAUAAUAAUUUCCAUACGAUACAUUCCCACUAAUUAAAUUAAGUUCCCAUAUUAAAUAAUAAUACCCCGAAAAUACAAAAAUUAACCACAUCCACAUUGGAAUACCCACAAUUAUCUAAUGCAUACAUCCAUAUAAAAUUUAUUACACUCAUAUAAAUACAGAAACAUUUCAAAUUAAACGUCAAUAAAUACAUCUUUGGUAUAACUGUAUCAAAUAUGAGGUCGUUUAUUCGAAAAAUCAUAAAAGCGUUUAAAGACCCAGCUCUUCCUGAAAAUUAUUUCAGGCUUGAAAUUUAUAAUUUAAGAGCUUUCGGGCUGGAAAUGUUAAAAGAGGAAUCGUGGUUAUACACAAUUUAUUCAAGAAUAACUCUUUUAUUUCUGGUUUAUUCUUUCACGGCCGGGGAAUCUUUGGAAAUAUAUUUGAAUUGGGGAGGAUUAAAUGCGCUGGUUGAUGUUGUAUCUUACCUGUUUACUCAUAUUGGGGGUACAAAGUAAAAAUGAUUUUACAUAAAACUAAUUUCAUUAUUUUAGGCGCUGUAAAAGUAACGCUUAUAUUUUAUAAUCGAAAAAAAUUUGGUGCAAUGAUUAGAAAGUUUCACGCGAUACCUUUCGCUCCAAACCCAACAAGAGGAGGCAACGUCGAAGCAGAAUUCAUCAGAAAAGUUAUUAAAAUAACCGAUAUACAGUUCGGUGUUUAUAUGACGUUUGUUUCUGCAACCCUAUUCAUCGGAGGAAUCAGAUGUUGUUGGUCGAUAUUAUUUAAAACCCGCGAUGAAUGGGUGGUCCCAUUCUCACCUAUAACAAUUCUUAAACACGCCGGUUCCCCGUAUUUCGAACUCGGAAGUUUAUAUCAAUACGUUUGCGUCACUUUAUUUGCAGUUAUUAUCGUUACGAUGGACGUCUUGCUUUGUUGUAUCAUGGCACAAUUAAGCGUUCAAUUUAAAAUUCUUAGAAACGCUUUCGAGUAUAUCCCAUUAACGAUUAUUAAUAACGUUAUAAAUUUGAAUUAUUUUAGGAAUAUGAGGAAUCGAGCUAAAGAAAUGACAAAUAUAGGUCCAAAUCCAAAAAACGAAGAAGAAUGUAUGCGAAUUAUUUUAGGCGAAUACAUUCACCAUCAUUGCGCUGUAUUUCAAUUAGCCGCCGAAUUAGAAGAUCUUAUUAAUGUAAUCGUUUUGGGGGCCACCGGAGUUGAUACCAUUCUUUUAUGUUUUCUUUUGUAUCAAUGCGCUAGAUAUCCUAUUGGAAGCGUUACUUUCCUACAAAAUUUUUUUUACUAUUGGAUCAUUGUCACUCAAGUUAGCAUGUAUUGUUAUUGGGGAAACGAAAUUACCAGUGAAGCGGAAGAAUUGGCUGCAGCCGCAGGAAACGUUAAUUGGCCCGCGACCCCACUUUCUGUACCGAGAGGUUUAGUUUUGGUUAUUGCAAGAAGUCAAAAACCGUUGUUUAUGACCAUUGGAAAGUUUUUUCCUUUAUCUUUAACCACAUUAAUGAGUUUACUCAAAGGUUCUUUUUCCUAUUUUACAGUGAUGAGACAAACUAACAAUAUGGAACAAGAAUAAGUAGCCGAAAUUUGAAAUUAAAUAAAUUACCUUUAAAUUGCUUUUUAUUGCA